CCUCGGCUGACGUGCUCUUCCUGGAGAGGGGGUGCGGGUAACCGCACGCCCUCGCCGACUGCUGUGCGGGGCUAAUGCGUUCAGCCGGAUGGUAGCUGGGUCGUUGCGCGCUCGCCGCUCGCGCUAUCGUCGUAGGGCGAUAGCGCACCAGUGGCAGCGAGACCUCCAGCGUUGGGCUCAUCGCGUGCGCUGGUCGGGUCGCGGGGGGCCAAUGACGGGCCGGUUGGUAUUCGGCUACGGUCCACGGCCUCGAGGUUCCCCGCGUCGUCGCCGUUGUUUGCACGGGACCGUGCCGGCCACGUACGCGGUGAGUGGGUAUGUGUCGCGGCGGGCUGGCGUCCGGCGCCGACGACGCUCGUGCUCAUCCUCGCAUGGAGCGAGCUGAGGCGCCGGGCGUGCAGAGGCGUGGGUUGUUACUGAUGUCGUUCACCCACCUUUUGUGUGGCUGGACGAAGGAGACGGCCGGUGCCUUUCCCGCCAUAUUGACGGCCAAUCU